AUGUAUGAAAUCAAUGAAGAUAAAAAUGAAGAUGAUAAAGUUUUAAUUAGUCUUAUGUAUUCAAAUGAAACAUCGAAUUUUCAUGUUAAAAUACAAGGUAUUUGUCAUUUAUUACCAUUGGCUAUUGAUCGUCAAUCAGAUCUUCAUUGUGAAUUAUGUUUAAUUCCAUAUGAUGACUUAUUUAACAAAUCAAUUUUUAAAAGACAAGUCAAAACAAAGAAAAAAAAAGAUUAA